AUGGCCACACGAGUACCCAUUCCGAUCACUGUCUUCACUGGCUUUCUCGGCGCAGGAAAGACAUCCAUCAUUCUUUCCCUCCUCCCGCAGCUCCCAAAAGACUAUCGCGUCGUGCUACUCAAGAAUGAAUUUGGUGACGUCGAGGUGGACAGUCAACUAGCCAAACAAUCCAGUUUGGCAGCUGUAAGCGAGAUCUUGAACGGAUGCAUGUGCUGUGUUCUAGUGGGGCAGAUGAAGACUGCAUUGCUGGAGAUACGAGAACAGUACCGUCCAGAUCGGAUCAUCAUUGAGUGCUCAGGCUCCGCGUUUCCCGCAACGCUAGCCUUCCAAAUCCGCGAGCUGGAGCGUGAGACGGAGGGCGACUUGAAGCUAGACGCGAUUGUCACAGUGAUCGACGCAGAAAAUUUCACGGAAUACGAAGACACCUCGCCCACUGCGAGAAUGCAAGCAAGCUACACAGAUGUGCUGCUAAUUAACAAAUGGGAGCACGUAUCUGAACGCGCGCUGGAUAUUUUAAUAGAUCACCUGGCCACGCUGAACGACCUGACGCCCAAGAUCAAGUGUAAAGGCCGGGAAGGCGUGGACCCGAAUUUCAUUUUCGGACUGGAUUCGAGACUAUUCCGGUUGGAAGACGAUAGGACAACAACGGCGGACGGGUAUCACCAUGAGGAGGUAGAGACAGCCACAGUAUACCGAGGGACUGCGCCAGCCCAUAGAGACGGACAUGGCACGGAGUGCGAGUGCAGCGAUAGUGAUGUCGUUGAUGCACAUGGAGGGGGCGUGGUAGAAGCAAGUGUGUUGGCCGAGGCACUGGCGGGGCUAUCGAAGGACACAACGUGGCGCGUGAAGGGAUUUGUGCGCUUUGCCGACGGCGAGCGCAUCCUGAACUGGGCAUUCGGGCGAUACAGCCUGACGGACGCACCGACAGGGACGUUGAGGAGCUCGGACGGGGUGCGGCUGACGGUGAUGGGCGAGCGGGGAGAGGUGAGGCGGGCAGCGCGGCGGCUGGCAGACAAAUUGGGCGCGCAGAUGAUGGUGUACCUCAUGUUCUCCUACGUCCUCAGCUCAGCGAGCACCUACUUCCGCUUGCCCAUCGACGAGGACCAGUUCGACGACGAGGACGACAACGUCUUUUCCAGCACCCGCCAUAUCACUUGGAACCCAUCCGGUAGCAAUUCAAGCGACUCGGAUGACUCGGACGCUCCAUUUUCUUCCUCCUCUAGGUCCUCCUCCCCCAGCACAAAUUUCGCUAGCAAUUCUAACAAAGCCGUCAUCCGCGAAAUCCUCUCCCAGGAUGAUCUCUACCGUAUCCUCGGCAUCCAGCGCGCACCAUGCAUAGACAGACUCACUCUCCGGCGAGCAUACCUCUUUCGCUCAAAGGCAUGCCACCCCGACAAAUUUCCCGAUAGUCCCGAAGCGACGCGCGCAUUCCAAAAAGUCUCCGUCGCAUACGACGUCCUCAGCAAGCCCUCCUCCAAGCGUCUCUACGACUCGCGUCCGCCCCAGUCUCCGUACGAUCUGUUCGCCUCCCGGCCCUACCCUGCCCCCGAGGAGACCUUCCGAAGUGUCGUCCUCGGCGUGUUUAACGACAUCCUCGACGGCGACCUCGACAUGAUCCGCACCCUCCUUCGUGCGGUGAAUGAUAUCAAUCCCUCCCUCCGCCUCGGCGAAGACGGCAUCAACUCCGUCCUGCUCACCCUCCAUUCCAUCCGCGAACGCGCACUCACGUGCCGCACGUGCAUCCUCGCACUGCACUCUGAGCUCACGAACCUCCUCGAAGUCCAGCGAACAUUCCGCUCGCUCUCAUACCUCGACCUCCGCCGUCGCUCAUGCCUCACCGUCCGUCUUGCCCGAUUGACUGUCAGGCUCCCCAUCGCGCUGGAGCAGGCCAUCCGCCAGCAGCGCGGGCUCGACGUCUACGGACCCCCCGCCGCCGGGGUGGGCAGGGGCCGGGAUGGCGUCGGUGUUGGGACCGGAAGCAACCGCAUACGCAAUUACGCUGAAGCCGCCAGUGUCGACAACGCGGAACGGACAGAGCUUCUCAAUGCACGAGUAUACACCCUCUUGUGCGGGCUCGUCCACGUCCUCGAACGGAUGGAGCGGAUUCUUAAAUAG